AUGGAGGAGGACGCGGCAAAAGAGAAGGAAUCAGAAACCAGAGAGGAAGACAUUGCUCUCAUUGAGUUCUACAGCGGCUUCAAGGACCUCUUUGAGUUCUUCUGCCUGAACACCACCAUCCAUGGAACCAUCCGCCUGGUGUGCUCCAGCCGCAACAAGAUGAAGACAGUGUUCUGGGCGCUCCUCUUCCUCGCCAGCUUCGCCAUGUUGUACUGGCAGUUUGCACUCCUGUUCAACCAGUACUGGGCCUACCCGGUCGUCAUGGCCAUGUCCGUUCACUCAGAGCCGAAGAUGUUUCCCGCCGUCACCAUCUGCAACCUGAACCCCUACAGAAUCCAUCAAGUCAGUAAAGACAUGGCCAAGCUGGAUAAGCUGGCCAGGGAAACAGUGUAUCUUUUGUACGGCUUCAACGUUCCACAGUCGGCUUUGGAAGAUGACGCCAGCGUCAGCCUGGAGGAGAAUUCGAACCGAGGGCCCAGCCAGGACAACAGCUCCAAGUUCCACCUGGAUCGAAGCAUCGCCCUCGUGAGGAUGGGAGGGAAAGUCGGCUUCCGGCUGUGCAAUGCAACGGGAGGGGCGUGUUUCAACAAAGUGUAUUCCUCUGGAGUGGAUGCCGUCCGGGAAUGGUACCGUUUCCACUACAUGAACAUCAUGUCCCAAAUCCCGCCCAUCAUCGACGUUUCCCUCGAGAAGGACCACAUCAGUGACUUGGUCUACUCUUGCCAGUAUGACGGAGAGCCCUGCCGACCCAGUGAUACUGAGCACUUCCAUCAUCCUGUCUAUGGGAGUUGCUACACUUUUAACAAGAACGGAACAGACAACUUCUGGAAAGCGUACAAGCCAGGAAUCAUUUAUGGCCUGUCUCUGAUCCUCAAAGUGGAGCAGAAGGACCACAUCCCCUUGCUGUCCACUGAGGCCGGCGUGAAAGUGAUGAUCCACAAGCACAACCAGACGCCGUUCCUGGAGCACGAAGGAUUCGACAUCCGCCCGGGGAUUAAAAGCACCAUCGGCAUCAAGCAGGAUGAGGUGACUCGGUUAGGUGGUGUUUAUGGAGAAUGCACCGACGACGGGGCAAACGUGAACGUCAAACUCAUCUACAACAGCUCUUACACUCUGCAGGCUUGUCUGCACUCCUGCUUCCAAACUAAGAUGAUUGAAAAUUGCGGCUGUGGGUAUUACUACUACCCUCUUCCCUCGGGGGCAGAAUACUGCAACUAUAACAAGCAUCCAGCCUGGGGACACUGUUUCUACCUGCUCUAUAACCAGCUCGCCCACCACCAGCUCAGCUGCUUCGACGACUGUCCUAAGAGAUGCAAGGAAACGUCUUACAAACUUUCAGCAGGAUAUGCAAAGUGGCCGUCGACCAAAUCGGAGAACUGGAUUCAUAAAGCUCUCCUGGCACAAAACAGUUACAACACGACAAGUGACAGGAAAGAUAUCGCCAAGGUGACUAUCUUCUAUGAGCAAUUAAACUACAAUUCCUGGGAUGAAUCACCGGAGUACACCGUGACUCUAAUCAUGUCUCUCAUGGGGAGUCAAUGGAGCCUCUGGUUUGGGUCCUCCGUGCUCUCCGUGGUUGAGAUGUUUGAGCUCCUUGUGGACAUCACCAUCUUGACCCUUAUCUUCUUGUACCGGCGGGUCACGGCCAAGAAGAAGCACAAGAUGUCGCACCCUCCUCCCGUCCCCAGUGUGAGCUUGACCUUGGAGAAAUAUCGAAGCGUGGAAGAAGGACUGGCCACAGACCAGGCCACUCACAGGACUUGGGCCAACGGUGACCGUGGCUCCUCUGUACAAACGGGUGAGCUCCCUCCGUACUCAAAAUAUAAGAAGUACCAGGUCCCAGAGCUGUACACGUCCGUGGUGCUUCAUGGAUUUAAACCACGAGAAGAGGGUGGUGUUGAUAUGGGGCCCAACCGCUAA